ACGCGCGCCACUUGUGAUUUGUGAGGAUAUGUCAGCCAGUUCCACGCUCCGGUUCGGUCCUUUCUUUCGCCUCCGGGCCUCCGGCAUUCCGAUUCAUCUCCUCCCUGCCUCAAGCCCAGAUGCCGCCGCUCGUGUCUCCUGCGGCCUUGCAUGUGUCCCAAUCGCGGCCUCCCCCCCCCCCCCGGCGCCCUGCCCUCUCUCCCUCCCGCGUUCCACGACCUACGCAGAGAGGAGUAGCGCGUCCUCGAAGGGCUGGAUGUCGCUCCUGCCGUCGUCGGCGUCAUCUGGGUGGACGUCAUCGGCAGGCAGGAGCUCGUUGAUGUUCAGGGGGCUCAUCGCAACAGCGCUGAGCUCCUGAGGGCGAGCGCCGCGGCUCUGCCCUUUCAUCGACAUCUUGCUAGGAGCUGGAGCAAGUGAAACAACCAAUAGAACAAGCUUAGAGUUCAAUAAGGCGUCGGGAUGCGGCUGCGCGGUCGAGGGCGAGAAGUGCAAUCUCUUCUCGGCUGAUCUGUUUGACAUUGGAUCUAUGCGGCGUACAGUUCCUCUCCUGUGCAGUUCUUUCUCAGCACAAGAUUCCUCUCAACAUAAGCACCCCACCCACAAUAAUGGGGACUAUUGUGGGCAAGUUUGGAAAUAUUGCAAAAGCACAGCAAUGUCGAACUCUCCUUUCCGGCCUUUCGCAUGGAGAAAGGUUGGGCUUAUUGGUUCAUCUUCCAUGCUUACUGAUUUUUGGCAAUCAGAAAAAGACUUUUGUGGGUCUCUUUCCGAUACACCAAAGAAUCAGUUAGUAUGCUUCAAUGGGCAUGGGGUCUCAUUUAACACUAGGAGGAAUUCUUCACCAGCUCCUAAUGGGAUCUGCCUUGAGAAGAUCAGUAAUGGAACCUAUCUUAACAUGGUUGCUCACCCCGAUGGGUCUAGCAAAGCCUUCUUCUGCAGACAGGAUGGGAAGAUAUGGUUGGCCACAGUUCCUGAACAAGGAACGAGAGACAGCCUACAACUUGAUGAGACAAUCCCAUUUCUUGAUCUUGCAACUGAAGGUCACCUCAGUUCAGAGCUUGGACUCGUGGGUGUGGCAUUUCAUCCCGAUUUUGUAAACAAUGGACGCUUCUUUGUUUCAUACAUUUGUGAUGGAACUCAGUCAUCCAACUGUGCUGGUAGGUGUUCGUGUGAUCGUGAAGUGGGGUGUGACCCUUCAAAGCUCCGCCCUGAUAAUGGUGUCGUCCCUUGCCGGUACCAACUACUUAUCUCAGAGUAUUCAGCAAAAGGUUCAUCAUCAAGCUUUUCCGAGGCAACAUAUGCCGAUCCAUCGGAAGUCAGAAGGGUCUUCUCAAUGGGGUUGCCAUACGUAUCUAACCAUGCCGGUCAGCUCCUUUUUGGACCUACUGAUGGGUACCUGUACUUUUUUACUGGACAUGGUGGAAUUAGGGGUGACCCCUUCAACUUCUCCCAGAAUGGAAAAUCUCUUUUAGGAAAAGUCUUGAGGCUUGACAUUGAUGAACUUCCAGAGAUGAAUGAGGUCUCUAACAAAAGCUUAUGGGGUAAUUAUACCAUUCCAAAAGACAAUCCCCAUACUGGCGACAGCAACUUACAGCCAGAAAUUUGGGCCUUGGGUCUUGAAAACCCAUGGAGGUGCAGCUUUGACUCCCUGAGGCCUUUCCACUUGUACUGUGCAGACGAUGGCCAGGAACAAUACAAAGUGGUAGAUUUGAUAUCCAAGGGUGGAAACUACGGGUGGAGUGGUGCAUAUAAGGACCAGGACGUUCACUAUCCACCGUGGGCUUCUCAAGGAACCAAACCAACAAAUGGCAUCAUCUUCCCAAUAAUGGGCUAUAAGGUCCCUUCUACCACCGAAUCUGCAGCGAUAGUUGGUGGGCAUGUGUACCGUGGGUCUGCCGACCCUUGCUUGUAUGGAAGGUACCUAUUUGCGGAUAUGUACUCAUCUGCCAUGUGGACUGGCACGGUUAACACUGAUGGCAGUGGUAAAUAUACCUCUGCUUCCAUCCCACUGAGCUGUUCUGAGAAGACACCACUUCCCUGUGAUGAUUCCACAGACAGCCCUCUUGGCCCAAUCUUUUCGUUUGGCCAGGAUAACAAGCAAGAUGGCUUCAUCUUGGUGAGCCAAGGUGUCUACCGGAUUGUCCAGCCUAGCCUAUGCGACUAUGUUUGUGUGAAUGAUGCUACUACAGAACAAGCGGCAGCUUCUGUUUCUGUUGGUAGUCAAGGGUUGCCAACAAUUCUAAAAGCGCUGAUAGGUGUGGUGGUGUCAGUUUUCGGCACAGCUGGAGCUAUCUAUCUAGUUCGUACAUGUUUCUGUAACAACUCAGUAAUAUUGGGCAAUCGCAUAGCAACUAUGCAAGUAAUCAAUAACACUACCACGGCGGAGAUAAUUCUUCCUUGGCGACAACAACCAAAGCUGGUGACAUUGAAUUGGCUGUAACUAAGCCUGCAAAGGAGUAUCAUGCUCGCUAGUUGGUUAUUAUGGUCUUCACAUUGUGUACCAGCUGUUGUGUUCAUUCAUGGAACCACACGUUGUAUACUUAUUUCAUUGGCCUGUUUUCUUUGAGUUCUUUCUACAGCCUUUGCAAGAAACAUCUGAAGAGUUGUGUAUUUAAUUGUUCAUGUUCUUUGUAAUUGACUCAAAUCGGUGAUAUUAGCAAGUAAUUGGUACUCAUGGUUAGUGUAUAAACAUUGUUGGAUGUGAGUAAUUGUAUGCAUGCGGAUGAAUGUGCUA